CACUAACUGGUCGGGAGGAGGAGGGGGGGGAGGACCCGUGAAGUCUGCCGCUGGCCUGGAAAAGGAGACGGGAGAAAAAGCAAAAAGUUGUGUCAACUUUUGAGGCACGGAGGUUGAAACUCGCCGUCGUCAGCUGCAGCAGACUCGGACUGACGAAGAUGGCGCGGAGCUUCGGACGUGCCACGUCUCGGUUUACUCAUGAAAUACAAAUAUGCCCCAGAAAGAUGAUAACAUUUGCAGUUGGGUUGUGUUUCUGUCUGGUUUUUCCCUCUAUCGCGGAUGCUGGACUGUACACGGCUUCUGACCAGGUCAUCGUGUUGAGUCCGGAGAAUGUGGACUCGGUUUUAGUGAACUCUUCAGCAGCUUUGGUUGUGGAGUUUUACGCUUCAUGGUGUGGACACUGUGUCAACUUUUCUCCGUAUUACAAAAGCCUGGCUCGAGAUAUAAAUGAGUGGAAGCCAGCUGUGGACCUGGCAGCUUUGGACUGUGCUACAGAGGUCAACAUGAAGCUCUGUGUAAGAUUUGGAAUAACAGGGUAUCCCACUUUAAAGUUCUUCCAUGCGUAUUCAAAUGCUGGUGCUACAGGACAACGCUUCGGAGUUGCACAUCGCGAUGUUAGGCGGCUCCGUCAGAAGGUCAUAGACAAACUGGAAACCCAUGAGGAGCCCUGGCCCCCAGCCUGCCCCCCACUGGAGCCCACCAGCGAAGUGGAGCUUGUCAGCUUCUUUGAGACCAACAACGUUCAACACCUCGCUCUGAUCUUUGAGAAAGCUGGAUCCUUUAUCGGCCGAGAGGUCACCCUGGACCUAUUGCAGUUUGAGAACGUAGCUGUGCGGAGAGUCCUGAGCACUGAGGCAGGACUGGUGUCCAAACUGGGAGUGACUGAGUUUCCAUCCUGCUACCUUUACUUUCCUGGAGGCAACUUCACCCGACUCAAAGUCAACAUCGAGGCUCGUACUUUCUACUCUUACGCCCUCCAGAGGCUUCCUGGAGUGGUGAGAUCAGGGAAGCCUCCACCAGUCCUUACAGACGUCCGCACCAACACCACACAGGAGUCCUGGAGACCCUUUAACAAGUCCAGGGUGUACAUGGCAGACCUGGAGUCCACGCUGCACCACUCUUUGCGUCUGGAGCUAGCUGCUCAUUCUGUCAUCAAAGGAGAGACCCUGAUUUCUCUAAAGAACUACAUCUCUGUCCUGGUUAAGUACCUUCCAGGCCGUCCAAUCGUGAUGAACCUUUUGAAAUCAGUAAACUCUUGGCUCAACCAGGCAGGUGAUGAGAUUUCUUAUGAGGCACUCAGAGAGUUACUGGAUAACACAGCUCAGUCUUCAGACACUGCGUUGCCUGAAGGCGUGCGUUGGGUGGGCUGUCAGAGUUCACAAUCCCACCUGAGGCGUUACCCAUGUGGGCUGUGGACUCUCUUCCAUGUUCUUACUGUCCAGGCCAAGACCAGUGGAAGUACAGAUUCCCAGGAGGUGCUGAGUGCGAUGAGAAACUACAUCUACAACUUCUUUGGAUGCAGGCAUUGUGCUGAGCACUUUGAGAACAUGGCAAAGGAGAGUCUGGUAGAGGUGAACACAGUUUCAUCAACCAUCCUGUGGCUUUGGUCAAGACACAAUCGUGUCAACAACAGACUGGCAGGUGAUUUGAGCGAAGACCCUGACUUCCCAAAGAUCCAGUGGCCGUCUCCAAAAAUGUGUCCAUCCUGCCACUCAGUGACGGAUAACGGGGAGCACAGGUGGAACUACGUGCAGGUUCUCCCCUUCCUCAUGUCCUACUUCUCCUCCAGCAGUAUCCUUACAGAUUACCUGGAGAGUGAAAGUCAGAUCCUUGCAAAACAAAAGCAAAAACAUGCGAGUCGGCAGCAAGCUUUAGAGGCUCAGAAACAUGAACGGAAAACCAGGGAGGCCAUGGACUCCAUGACUCUUGCACCUCCACAGCCCUCUGUACAGGAGGAGGAGGAGGAGGAGGAGGAAGAGGAAGAGGGUACUCAGGAGGAAAUAGUGGCUGAUCAGGCGGUGGAAGGUGGGGAAGCAGCAGAGAUGGAGGCCAAGCCAACCUCUAACACCAAAACAGGAAUAGAGUCGGGCCGGCGGCGGGCACACGUGAAGCCAAGCAUUGUUGGAAUGAAGAUGCGAGAGCUGCCGGAGGACAUUGUGGAUCUCGAUUCUUUUGUCAACCAGCACUACAAGGCCAGGGCGCUGCGAUUGGCCGCCACCAGGGUAAAACAACGCACCCUGCAGCGCAAAGAGGAGCAGGAGCCCGGGGUUGUGUUCGGGCUCGGCAUGGAUCUGGACGUGGGGCUCGGUAUGGUCGGCCUGCAGCCAAUAUAUGAAGACUUUGAGCUCAACCAGAGAAAGCAACCACGGAAACGAGACCUGACAGGCCAGUACUUUGAUGAGGAGGAUGAGCUGAACCACAGGAGACGCUGGAUGAUGUCAGUGCUGAGCAUCGGAUUCUCCAGACUGGACAUCAGCCUGUGUGUCAUUCUUUAUUUCCUGUCCUGCAUGUGUCUUUUGGCCAUGUACCUUUUCUUUAAAAACCGCCUCAGGCUUAGGCGGUCAAAGGUAGUCUCACCCUGAACCAAAGGGCACCUAGAUUUUGACCUGAGUGGACAAUGAUUAACAUUCAUUAGGGUCAUGUAGGCUAAGAUUCAGGCUAAGGGGAUGUGUCAAGAUUAGUGCCAUCUUAGGACGUCCACUUAACUGUUACCUGCGGCAGAGGUAGGCGACUGCUUGCUUUAGCCUUGAUACUGUAGAAGUGUUUCUGACUGGAGAGGAGGGAAAAUGAAAGCGAUGCCUUCAAAUCUUUAACAAAUCACCUCAGUUAUUCAACCUUACACUAAAUCUGACCUGGGCUUUUCAGGCAGCACCUAAGCUGUGUAAAAUCUGUGUGUGCAUAUAGAUCUAUACUUCCAUGAGUGACUUGUUGUUUGGGGGUUUUGCCUGAGUUUGGGAUAAUGAAUCAUGCUUUAUUCUGAUUGACCACUUAUGAAGGAUUAGACCUAAUAUGACAUGGAGUUUCAUUGGUAUGAAGUCAAUGCAACUAAUUUCAUUCUUUUUUUACUAAGUAGUAUUUGUUGCUUUACUGACAUCAAUGUCAUUUAUAGAAGGCUCCUGAGAUUUCUUUUAAAUAUAUAUAUAUAUCUCAUGGAAGAGUGAAGACAUCCUCCACUGCUACCAUGUGUACUUUGACCAAAAAAACACUUGAAUUCAAAUUAUUUUAUAAAUACAAUCAACAUCACAUCGAUGAUCAUUAAGUGAUUCAAGAAAAUUUGUUCUGUUGUAUCUGAAAUUGCAGAUUAACUUGUUGUUGAUUGAGUUUUUCAUUUAUUAAUCAGAUAGAUAGUGGUAGUAAAAAAAAUAGUCCCUACAUUUUUUGUUUGUUUUAUUAACUUGAAGUCUGACAGGUGUAUUAAUGUGUCCAAUGCUGUGAAUGGACAGGCAGUUCAACACUAAAUUCCACCAGAGAGGACCAGAUCCCCUCCUCUCGUCCUGGCUCUUUUUCAGGUGGCUCCCCAAACACUACAUGAGUCAUUGAAUAUGACAUCAUACUGCUGAGUUCACAGAACAGCUACUCUGGUUCUUUAUGAGGUGUUGUGGAGCGACACAUGUUCACAGCGGACCAGGUUUUAGAAUAAGCAGGAUUUGUUUUUGGCUUGUGUUAACAAUGUUAAAUGUUCGCUUUCUCAAUCUCAAAGACACUGUUUUCUGUUUGUUUCUGUCUGAAUCAAUAAAAUUAUUUUUGAUAAGUA